CGGUACUGUCCCUCUGUUGUUACUAGUAUCCUCCUCCUUUCUCUGACACUCUGAACGCUUGAAUAUCAUCUGAAAUCCCGGAAGUACGAAUCGAGACCAGACCAGACCGUGUUAGAUACUUGGGCGGCGAGAACGGUGGUCAUUUCUAAAGCUAGGAGGGUCUGAAUUGUGGACAGUUGUACUGUAGCAAAUUCGGUUACUUUGGAACAAGUUUGCAAAACUAUUGAACAAACAACUUUCAUCAAAAAACACAUAAUGUCAGACUCAGAGGUUGCACGUGAGUCCCAUGACAGUGAGACAUUUGAGAUCAUUGGUGAUGAACGAGAUGUUGUUCCAGAUAAAUCUGUUGUAGAAGAGGAAGAAGUCAUGAAAGAGAAUGGAGAUGUUGAUAUACUUCAUGAAGAUGGUGAUGUUUAUAAUGGUGAAAGUGAUCUCACUAAGCAAAAUGGCAUUGGUCAGCAUGGACCUGUGGAUGAGGAAGAACCUGUGGAUGAGCCUGAAGAUGACCAACUAAAUGAUGAAGCAGAAGUCAGAGAAGUACAGGAGAUCCUGGAACCUGAGCUAAAAAAGAUUGGGAAUGAAUCAGAGGAGGUUGUAGAGCAGGUUGUAAAUGAAAUGCCUGAGGUAACAGCAUCAGAGGAGGAUGAGGAGAAAGAGGAUGAGGGAGGAAAGACGGAAGAAUCAGUAGAAGAUAUUCCUCAAGUUGAAAUUGAAGUAACAAAACCUCCAGUACAAGAACCAGAAAGACAAGAUGAAAAAGAAACAGAACUUAGGAGAAAGUUUGACAAAUCGAUUGUUGUCAAACCACGGAUACCAUCCAAUCCCAGAACAGAAAAGCUUUCCAUCGCCUCACGUCUUGCCUUAUUUGAGCAGGCUUGUAAAGGUAGCAGUGAAAAUAGUGAGACUGUUGAGGGAGCAGGAGAGAAAAGCGAAUUGCAUAAGCUUGAAGGCUCCAAGUUUUCACACUUUGAGGACAAAGAGAAUGAGACCAAAGAAAAUGAGGAAGGCAACAAACCAAAACGAGGACCUUCACGACGCUUGGACAAGUCAAGAUUCUCUAGAUUUGAGCAGAAAACUGCUGAUUCCACAGACUCUGUCCCAGCCUGGAAAAAGAACAGGGGGAGUGUAAAUUCUUCGGCUGCUGCUAAGAAGUUUGCAGCACAGAAUCAAGAUGCUAGCUCUUCGAAUUGCAAAGUAUGUAACAAAAAAGUCUAUCCAAUGGAAAGACUAGCAGCAGAUGGUGCAGUGUAUCACAAAUCCUGUUUUAAAUGUACAGAGUGCAAAGCAACCCUACGUUUGGGCAAUUUUGCUAUGGCUAAAGGACAGUUGUUUUGUAAGCCACACUACAAACAGCUAUUCAAACUGAAGGGCAAUUAUGAUGAUGGAUUCACUCCAGGUGCAAACCGACCAGAAUUCAGUGUGGGUGAAGAAAACACAAGCCCUUCAACCAAUGGUGUAUCCCAAAAUGCAAUCAAAACAUCUGAGCAAGAUGCAGAAGAAGUGUUUGAUUUGAAGAAUAGAAGGUCUAGAUUUGAUGGCACAGAGCAGACUAGUACAACUGUUAUACAAAAAGCAGGGCCACCUGUGGAUUUCCCAGUAGCAGGAUCAGACGGUCAAAUUGCAGAAAGUGAACCAAUCCAGAGAACAGAUGUUGUGCGAGAAGGAGAUGCUGCAGAGAAAACAUCUGUUGGAAGUAUGAGAUCCUUGAAAGAUCGUUUCGAACAGGGAAAGGUUUCAAAUGUUGAAGUACGAAAAUCAUUUGAUCCAGAAAAUGAUAAAGUUGUAGUUGAGAGUGAUGGUACCAGCCAUGUCUCAGAAAAUCAACCAGUAGUCCUUGAAGGAGUUGUGACAUCAUCACAAGAAUUAGCUGAGGCAUGUACUAUGGAAGGUGGCAUGAGGGCUGUCAAGGACCGAUUUGAGUCUGGAAAAGUAAGUGAAACCACAGAAAAAAAGACCCCAGAGCCAAUAGAUCUUACAUCAGAGAUUUCAAAUACAUCUAUUAGAAACUCAAUCCUUGCAGAAAAUGAGCCAAUAAUACGAGAUGGUGUGGUUCGAUCAGGUGAUGAUAUGGAUGAAGUAAAAGUGAUAACUGGUGGAAUAGGUUCCCUGAAAAAUCGUUUCGAAAAAGGAAGUGUUUCAAAUGUUGAAGCUGUUAGGAAGCAAGAACCUGAAAGAGUCAUCCGUUCAUUGGAGAAUUACACAGAAAAUGAGAGUAGUGUUGGCCAUGUUGCUGAAAGCACACCAAUUGAGCGUAACGAUAUCACGCGUGAAUCAACAGAAGUUGAUGAUGGAAUAUCACAAGGUGGUGCAAAGUCUUUGCGGGACAUCUUUGAAAAAGGUAAUGUAAGCAAUCUUGCUGAGAAAACAAAAGAUAAGAUUGAAUUAAAAAGUGAAAUCGAGGGUGCAGGACAAGUUGCUGAAAGUCAACCUAUUGUCAGAAGUGAUGUUGUAAAGGCAGAUAUGGAGAUGUCUUCAAAUGAGUUGAAUGUUGGAGUGUCAAAAUCACUCAAAAACAAAUUUGAAAAGGGAGAGGUACAUAAUGUUGAAGAGACACCAAAAUCUGAACUUGAACGUCCCCCACGAUCAUUGGACGAGUUUGCGUCAGGGGACAGCCAAGUAAGCGAAAAUAUACCAGCACCACCAAUUGAAGGCAUCAUCAGAUCUUCAAUGGCAGAUGAUUCAGUUGAUAGUAUUGAAGGAGGAACACGUAACCUUAAGGAAAAGUUUGAAAAAGGAGAGGUUAAUGUUGACAAGGAUAAUAAACACUUGGAUGGGGAAUCAAAAUCUAUUGACCUGUACAAAUCUGAAGAUGGUCAGGUUGCUGAAAAUGAGCCACUUGUUAGAGAAGGUGUUGACAGUGGGUCGUCAGAUCUCAUUGAGCCUAUGUCACCUGCUGCUGGGGCUGUCAAUCUGAAAAACAAGUGGGAAAAAGGUGAAGUUCAUAAUGCAGAGGUGGCUAAACCUAAAUUAGACAUGAGCCCAAGAAGAUUGACAGAAGUAAACGGAAACGAGGAAAUAAAUGGUGGCGAGGUAAUGAAUGGAUGGACACAAGAUUGUGCUUCUGUGGAGAUUAAAGCUUCAAGAUCUGUUGUGAUGGAGCAAGAAGAUCUCUAAGAAUUUUUAGAACAUCACAUUUCGGGAGCUUUAUUGACCAAAGUGGUGUUUGUAAAAACUAAAUGAGCUAAUUUGUAGAUAUCCUUUUUAUUAAGUUUGUUUUUAACAAUGUCUUUUCAAUGAUGACUAUUUUGCAAUUGAAAAAAGCUGAGUGAAAAAAGUAACUUCUUAUUGUCAAUGUAUGUUAAGCAUGUAGAAUAGUUGUAUUUCGGUUGAACAUUGACAUUUUUACAUGUGAAAUUUGUAUAAAGCUUAGUAUGUCAAUGCUUGUUGCAAAUUAAAAUUAGGUUUAAUACUUAUGAGUAGUUGAGUGGGUUCAGGUUUAUUUUACCCACAUUAAAUUAUUUCUACUGGAAACAAAUCUGGGUGUUUUUAUGACGUAAAACUCUGCCUAAUCUAGUUGAAGGCUACAAGCUAACAUCCUUUCCUACUGUUAAUUUUGUGAUGUUUUUGUGCUUCUCUGCAUUGUCGAAGCCACUUCUUCAAUUCCAAUUGAUUGUUUAUGAUUUACGCUGUACUUGUUGGCAUUCUUGAGUAAUGUACAAUAUAAGAAAUGACAACAGCACUUUUAAGACAAAAUAUAACAUUUAUUUAGCUCUAGCUUUUGUUACACAGUGGAUUUCAUCAGGAACCUGAGUAUAUUUCAUCAGGAGGCUGUUGUGUAAUGUAUUAUUUAAUAUAGAUAAUUACAAAAAAUUCUCUAUCCUGGUUACAAAGGGCGGAUCUUUACUUUUAAAUUUUCUUCUUACAGUAUUAUAGUAAUAACUUUUUGUUUCUGAUGAGCAGCAGCAUUUUUGUGAUGCUUUUGGGAGGCUGCUUUAUAAAUCUUAAAUUAUUGUUGUUUGGUUUUGAAGAUAAAUUCUUAAUUUUCUAUCUGUCAUGGAACAGAAUCUCAACUGGAUGAUUCAAGAUUACUAUUUUUAUAUUAUACAUCCAAAUUUAGAGGGCAAAUUGAAGAAUUGAAAUGUAGAAUCAUACAGUAAUUGGCCACUUCUGUAAGCUUUAAUAUUGUUGUAGAAAAGCUCACCUUUUGGUUAUCUAAUUCACUUAAUGACAGCAGGAAUAACCUUGGUUUAUAAGAGAAAUGUUUCUUACUUCCUAGAACCUCCUAGUAAUCGUUACAAGUUACAUAAUGUGCAUCCACACUCAUGGGCAUGGGAGAGUACUUACAAAUGUAGAGAUUUGAGAGGCUUAUAUCUAUUUCAGAUAAUCCCAUAAUACUUGAAAAUUACUUGGCCUAUAUCAAAGAUAAUAAAUAGCAAAAGAUAGAGCAGUUCGCGAUAUAGUAGAACGCCUCAUGAGGGCGUCCAUGAAAGCAAUUUUCCUCCAUCUGAACGGCGGCACUAUAUCUUUGAUUGGUUGGAUUGGUGUUGGAUAACUCUCUCAUUCGUUUGUUUUCAUUAGUUUCUCCACACCAUGAAACAAUUUUCCUCCAUUUUAGAGAGGGCGGACGUUCCAUCAAAUUUAAUGCAAACUACGCGAAGAGCUCAUUCUUCUGCUAUUUAUGUUCUUUGCAUAGAUAGAUCUACUAUCUGUAUUUAAAUAUCGGAUAAGCUUCAGCAUUGGAUGAUUGGAUUCAAACUUGGCAGGAUGCAAUAUGGCAAAUAGUGUAUAAGACGGUUCCUACUUUUUGUACCAUGUGACUAUUCCCCCAUCGGACAGACCUGGACCCUCAUCAUCCAACACCAUGACAAGGUUGUUGGACCAACAAUUAAUUUGCCUAUCUAAAUAACGUUAACUUGACUGCCAAUCUCUAAUAUUGUGGUUUAAAACCACAAUUUGAGCCUUACUUAGCCAUAAAAAUCUCCCCAUGAACCCUACUAGGGAUGUUUAGCUUUAUCUUGCUAUGCUGAGUCAAACACUGUUUUAAACAAGAAAAUUGCUAUUUAAAUAGAACCAUUCUUUGUUUUGUUAACAACAUGAGAAUAUCAGUGUGGCGAAUUGUGGAUAUGCUAUUGGCAGAAAUGAUAAUAAUAAGUAAAUAAAUAAAUAUUGUAAUGUAUGUAUGUCUGUGAAAUCUAAUAAUAAUGUUUUGAUUUAUCCUUGAACAAGAAUCUCAAAGCACUUCCCACACCUUGGUCAUUGGAUUCAUUAACUGGGAAAUUUAGCACAAAGUGCAAAAUUUCUCCCUAUCAGAUAGUGCCGACCACAGCCAACCUCCCUUCCAUUUGUGUAAUUGAAAAUAUGUUAGUAACCUUUACUUUUAGAUAAUACCUACUUUGUAGUUCUAACAUUCCUAAUUAAAACUUUAUGCAUAUUAAUUUUUGUUGUUUGCAUCACAUUCUUUGUUUCAUACCAUCCAUUAAACUUAACAUAUAAAUUUAAUUAAGUUAAUAAUGCUACUAAACUGAGCUUCCAUUGGUAGGCCUAUCCUGUAUUUCUUUCAUAAAGGCAAACUUAAAUAAAUGCAUAUGUGUUUGUUUAUAUAUUUUAUGUACUCUAUGUUGUAAAAUCAUGGAGUAUAACAACUGAGAACAUAGAUUUCACUAGAUAUAUUUAUAAUAAAUUUUAGGAAUUCAAAACAUUUUAAGGCAUCCUGUAGUUGGCAUGUGAUUGCUGUUGGACAUGGUUUUUUAAAUAAAAUAUAAAGGAAUUCAACUUUCCAUAUUUAAUAAAUCAUUAUUGAUGUCAUUUAAAACUUAAUAUAAAAAUGAUGUGUUUUUAUGUCAACAAUAAUGUGCACCCUAUAAUAUGUAGACUCUAAUCAUGUACUGCAUGAAAAAAAUCUAUUCUAGAUUACCCACCAAACUCAUUGCCCUUUAUAUUCUUGCCUUGAGUAUAUUGCAUUGUUUAAUAAUUAAAGACAUAAUUAUGCCAUAUGUUUUAUUUCCAAAAACCAGAUAAGUUUUAUUUUCAUAAAAAAGGACAGGUUAUUCAUUCAAGGCAAAAGAGAUUUAUCCGUGUAUUAGGUUUGUUAAUAUUAUGGCUAAUAUAAUUAUAUUUUAUAAUAGAGCGACUUGUCUGUACAAAACAUUAUUAUCCUAAGGAUAAUAUUUUAAUUUGUUUGAGCAUUGAUGACAUUAAAUUGAUGUACUAUAAUUGGAGUUUUUGUACUGUAAAACUAUGUGAAAGCAACUGUAAAGUUCUGUAGUACAAUACUGCACAGUAGCUUUUGGAUUGAUUAUUUAAAUCCCUGCAUCAUUUUGAUACUGCACAAAGGUUCAGAUACAGAUCAUAACUUUAUCUUGGUUUUAAUAUUACUGGUAUAUGAUUUUAAAUUACGAGUUAAUUUGGAGACUUUGUAUUCAAGUAGGAUAUGAAUUCCAUACUCACAUUUUUUGUGAUUUUACGUCCCACCUUAACCCAAUACUGCUGAGAAAACAAGUCAUAAAACGAUCAAACAUUUGUACAAUUUUAUCAAUGUCUAAUGUUAAAACAAGAUACAGUAGAGUAUAAGAGGCUUCUUUGUGUAGAUGUUCACUGUUAGACAGUAGGUUUCUUACUUCUUGAUUAAUUUAUAUUAUUUGAAGGCAGAUAUUAUGCAAAUACAUAUUUUAGGCUUCUGGAGAAAUCAAAGGUCAAAUGUUGAAAACUAUGAUGCUACUGAUUUUAACAAUAAUGAUGCAUGUAAUCCUAACUGAAUUUAAUCUUCUUUGUAGUGCUGUUGAAGUUGUCAGUAUAAGGAGAAGCUUAAAAAACAAUUUUUAAUUAUUAAUCACACAAGUAGUGCUUGAGAUGUAAUAUUCUCAUAUUGUAUUUCAAAUUAGCUUGUGUGAGCUUUUUAAAUUGUUGCGUAACUGUAAUGUGUAGGUCAGAUGUAAUGGCACAGUAGCUAAUACAAUUAUUCAAUAAAUGCUAUAUAAAUGUUA